CGUCUUGCGCACAUCCUUCCUGCCUCCCUCCCAAAGAUGCCUCCUUCACGCUUCGCAGCUUUGUCGCCAUGGCGCAAUCUAGCUGCCAAGCCUACUCAAAGCUAUUCAGAAGUGUCCAUCGCCCCGACGAGUGACGCAGUGGGUGGGGAUACCAUCGCAGCAUCCUCUCGCUGUAUCUACGUCAAGGCCUCCACACCUUCGACUCUCAUCGUCCUCGACCAAGGCGAGGAGCAUACAGGAAAACUCGCUGGUAAAAGCAGAACCAUCACCCUACCUUGCAAUGUAUGUGACAUCGCAGUCUCACCGUUCAGGGACGACUGCAUCGCAAUAGGUGGCGAGGAUGGGUCCAUCAUCAUCCUCAAGGACGAUGAGAUCGUGGCACAGCGCAAGCAUCAAGAUACUCAGCAAUGUCUCGUCCGAUGGCAUCCACACGCUUCAGAUCUAGUCCUCUCAGCCUCAGCUUUCAGCUCGCAGGUCCAUCUUUGGGACCUUGAAAAGGAUAGCAAUGGACCUGCGACCUCCCUGCAUGUGGACGUGGGCUCAAAGGCUGGCGGCAAGUUCGUUUGGGACGUACAGUGGAGCAACGAUGGAUCCAAGAUUGUCGCAGCUUUGGCUGACGGCACAGUCAAGAUACUCAAUGCUCGCGAUGGAUUAGCUGUAGCUUCGUCCAAUCCGCCAUCCUUUGGUCUGCCAAAGCCCAUGCGAGUCGCUCACGUUGGCAGCUACGUUCUUGCAUCGACUCUCACGUCUUCACGGCAGAGGGAGCUGCGCAUCUUCGCCAUCGACUCUCUGUCAUCUCCUCUUCAGACCAUCACGUUGGACACUGCAUCGAGCCCGCUAGCACUCGCCGUAGAUCAGGAUCGCCGCCUCGUCUACAUGGGCGCAAAGGGUGAUGUGACAAUGCGAUGGAUUGAGCUCGACGACAGCCGCAAGUUCCCGCAAGGAGCUUUCCCUCUCCCCCCGCGAACGUCUUUUGCAGCUCUCUCAACAACCAAACCGAUCAGCCUCGAUGUCAUGUCAGCAGAGAUCGACCGUCUCUAUGUCGCGAGCGCUAGUGGCAGCGAGGUGGUCCCAAUCUCAAUUGAAAUUCCCCAGCGACAGCUCAUCGACUACCACUCUCACCUCUUCCCUGACACGUACGACGGCUCGCCCGCAUUGACAGCGUCAGACUGGUUGCAGGGCAAAGAUGGUGAGAUGACCCGCGUUAGUAUGGACCCGUCAAAGAGAGGCGAAUGGGCCAAGCCUAAGGAGAUUCAUAUUCCGCAGCAGGCCAAGCCAGCGCCGCUACAGGAGAUGGGAAGACAGCCCUCGGGCUCGCCAUUUGAGCCUACCAAGGCGAGCUCCGUGCCCCCUCCAGCCGUAGUAGACCCUUCUGUGCAGGUCCGCGAGCCGGCUUCGCCUCUUGCGCCUACUUCGUUGACGCCGACGUUGGAGGCCACCUCUCUUGCAACGACUUCUAAGACGAGGGACGCGGACACUGCGGCGCAAAUCUCUGGAAAGGAUGGAUCAUCUUCAGCGCCUCCGCCCCAGCGCUACGCUACCGCUCAAAAACCUCGCCCACACACCACAGCCUGGUCUCGCGCCACCCUAGCCGGCUCGACUCCUCUGCUCUCAGCCUUCACCUCGGUCCCCGCAGUCGACGCCUCCAUCUCGCCCGCUGCUCGCUCCUUCCUCUCGACACCUUCGCACCUCCUCUACCCCCUCGCUGGGCCGGGAGGUCGCCUAGCCUUCCACGAGCUGGCCCGCGCCGGUAGGAUGCCCGAGGCGAAAGACAUCAGCUGGAUCGAGACGGGCGGAAAGGUAUUCGAUUUCACGAGCGAUCCGUUCGACUCAAGGAGAGUGGUCACCAUGGCUGACGAUGGAGUGAAGGUUUGGAGGUUACCUGCUGAGCCAGGCCCAGACAGCGAGUACGAGCAAAGGGUCGUCACAACGGCAGAAGCUACGGUCGCCCUACCGAACGAGCUCGGGCGCGGCAGUAAUGUCGCCUUUCACCCUACAGCCUCGGACGUCUUGCUCGUGGCCGGCAGUGAGGGGCUGUGCAUCAUCGACCUCUCGUCCUCGUCGAUCAUCCAAAAGCUAGGGGACACUUCCGUGGCAGGCGAAGCUGAGUGGUCUCCCAACGGCUCGCUCGUCGCCUUCGCCCGAUCUACAGACCGCAAGCUCGUCAUCUGGAAUCCCCACACCGCAGCCGUCGCCGAAGUUGCGGCGCACGACUCUCCCAGGCCAUUUAAGAUUGCCUGGGUCGACGAGAGCCACGUAGCCACGGUAGGGCACACUUUCGGCUCCAUGCGGCAGGUCAAGCUCUUUAGCCUCAGCGACGACUUCCAGCUGCAGGAGUCAAGCAAGUUGGGACUGGACACUAGCCCUGCCAUUCUCUUCCCUCACUAUGACCCAGACGCUGCUCUUCUCUACCUCUGGUCAAAGGGGGAGAGGUCAAUCUCCGUACUGCACGUCAUGCCGCCCUCCUCUAGCGCUACUCAAAGUCAAGGCGGGCCAGUCUUCAAGCUUCUGUCUGGCGCCUUUCAGCACUCGCAUCCGCAAAUCGGCGUUUCCUUCCUCCCGAAGCGCUACGCUGAUGUGCGCGAGGUAGAGGUAGCCGUCAGCUACAGGCUGAGCAAGAACAAUGAAGUUCAACGCGUUGGCUGGCGUGUAGAGAGGAAGCGAAAAGAGUUCUUCCAGGACGACGUCUUUCCUCCCACCGUUGACGUCGAGCAGCCGCUGCUCUCUGCGGCAGAGUGGGCAGAAGGCCGUGAGCCACCCGCGUCAAGGCCAGUGAUUGACCUCUGCCCGGCAGGGAUGAAGCCGCUCUCUGCCGCUCCCCCGCCUGAGCCUACAGGCAAGUCCACGCUGCCUAAACAGCCAACGCAGAGGAUAUUGGAUGAGAAGGAGAGGGAGGAACAGCUCAUGAGUGGAGUCUUUGCGCGGGCGAAGGUGGGCGCGAGCGAGGCGGGUGGUAACAAUGGUGACCCAGAGGAUGAGCUGGAGCAGACGGCUGCGAGGAAACGUGCACCCGUCAGUGAUGAUUGGGGGGAUGAUGAUUGA